AAAAGAUCUUUUUCUGUGUUCUUUCUCAUUCCAUUUCUUUCUAGAUCUGUGCUUUCAAAUCAGUGCUAAAAAUUAUGUAAAUGAAGAUGCUUUGACACUUGUAGUGUAAUGUAAUGACAGGGGGAAGAGGAAAAAGAGCAGGAGGUGCAGGUUUCCUGGCAUGUGGGGUCUGAGCAGGUGGUGCAGGGCACUGGCACGCCUGGGUCCAUGGGACCCCAGCCACAGCCUUCUCUCUUCGCCAGGCCUGUGGAGGCCACUUGCUCACCUCUAGUGGCAGUUAGUGAAGCCAUGGCUUAGAACCUUGGCCCGCAUGCCAGAUGCUGCCCCGUGAUUGGCUGUCAGAAUGCCAUGACAUCACAGCCACUGGGAAUUUUAAACCGGGACAUGAGGCAGUCUGGCCAGUAGUGCAUCAACUGAGCUACUGAACUGCUGUUGGUAGCGAAGGCUGGAGCACAGCUGAAGGAUGCAGAUGGGUUCGCGAUGGAGAUUGGACAUGGUUGCUGUGAGGGCCCGAUGGGACCGUGAGCGAGCAGCGACAAUUGCCAAAUAUGAGCAGGGCCGCCGAGGUGCGGCUCUAUUUGAGCCUGAAGAAGAGGAUGAUGACAGCGGCCGCCUCUUCCUAGACAGGCUUGGAUUUCUACAUGAGAAGAUGCUGCCCCAGGCCAGUGCCCUGGGGACUAAGCAGAAACAUAUGGAAACUCGGAGACUCCAAAAGUGGGUCAAAAUGUUGAAGAAUUAUACCAAAUAUUGUGACAGCGAGAAGUUCCAUCGGAGAUGCUUCAAAGGAAUCCCCAGCCAGGUGCGGGGCAACGUCUGGAUGCUAAUGCUUGAUGUGAACACGAAGAAAGCCCAGAACGUGGGGAAGUACAAGGCAAUGAAGGAGCAGUCCAGGCUGCAGUCACUGCAAUUCCACCAGAUCAACUGGGCUGUGCAAGGGACCUUCCGAAGUCACCUAAUGUUCCAAGAACGCUAUGGAGCCAGGCAGCAGGCUUUGUUUGAUGUUCUAAUGGCCUACACCGUGUACAACCCUGAGGGGGGCUAUGGCCAGGGCCUGAGCCACAUAACGGCGCUAUUCCUGAUGUGGCUCAGUGAGGAAGAUGCAUUUUGGGCUCUGGUCCAACUCAUGGAAAACAGGAAAUACUCAAUGUACGGUCUCUACAAACCGGGACUCCCGAAGCUGGAGAUGCUCCAGAACCACCUGGAAGAUCUCGUGCACCGCACCCUCCCUGCUCUGGAGCAGCACCUGGAGGAGCAGGGAUUGAACCUCAAGGACUGCACUGCACACUGGUUCACACAGUGUUUUCUGGAUGUGGCUCCAUUCUCUCUGGCACUGCGGAUGUGGGACAUUUUUAUCCUGGAAGGGGAGCAUGUGCUCACCACCAUGGCCUACACGACGUUGAAGGUUCAUAGAAAGCGCCUGCUGAAGAUGCCCCGGGACCACCUGCGGGAGUUCCUCCAGGAGACCCUGAAGAAAGUCUGGGCCUUGGACGAUGAUGUUUUCAUCAAACAGCUUCAAGCCUCGAAGCGUGAGCUGGGCAACCUGCACUGUCUCCUGCCUCCCCAAGCAAAGCCGGACGAGUGCUGCAGCCUGUGCCUGGGGCUGCCACGUGUUUCUCUGGAGCGGGUGCCUCCCCCAAAGACUCCAAGAUGUUCCAACAUGGCUCCAGACACCGCGCAGGAGCAGCUUGAGGGGAUAACUUCUCACCCAGAAGGGCCUCAUCUUCCAGAAAGUUCCUCCCUGCACAUGAUUUUGAAGAGCAGCCCAAAGGAGGAGGCUGAGAACUCUGCAGGAGGAAACACCAAGUGCCAGGACCCCGGCUCCUGUGGGGUGACCUCCGAGUGUGUGGGAGCCCGUGCCAUCUCCCCGGGCCUCAAGGAUGCAUGGAAAGGGAAAAUGCUAUCCUCCUGGGCAAGCAACUCCUGUCUCAGGCUGCCCACCAAAGGUGCAGGAUGCCCGCCCCCAGAGCUGGGCAGCCAGCAGGGCCUGGUGGCCCCUUCCACACCUGCCUUAGUCAGGGUGGUACCUGCUCUCACUCAUUCACCUGCAGACCCGGCUGUGGGGCUCAAGACCUCACACCAGCAGAGCAUCCCUGGAAACCCACCUUGCCGUGGGGACAGGCCCAGCCUAAAGCCUUCUGGAGCCAUCGCUGUGCCAGGACCACAGCCCUGGGUGCCCUCACCUGCCAGUGGCAUCCUUGCCAUUCGCUCCCUGGGGCAGCUGCAACUCUCCAGGCUGCUGCAAGAGUGGGCUCACAGCCUGCCCGGUUUCUCCAUGCUGGCCUCCAUGCUGCAUAGAGCUCCCUUCAGGGGCUUCUGUUCCCUCUCCCUGAGGGGUGUCACCCUUGGCCAACUCAUGCGCUGA